CCGGAACGGAGCUCCGUCGGUGGGCGUGCCGGCCUCCUCGUCGCCCCGGGCCUGGAGCUCCUCGUCUCUGGACGCCGUGGAAGCGUUGGACUCCGAGUUGAGCCGGAUGCGGCCCGACAUCGCUGCCGACGAAAAGUUGGGAUCGCCCCUCUCGCAAGUCCGCUUGGAAGUCGUGCGGAACCGUCAGAAUGUCCCCGCCUGGUUCUUACCUGUCCUCUUCCUCCUCCUUUCUCGGAAUAUGCGCCGCCUCACUUGCGCUCCUGUCCUGCGCUGGAUGCGUCGGCGCGCAUUCGCCUGAAAAGAACUGCUCCGCCGGGGGAGACGCGUGUCAGGAUGGUGUGCUCCUACCUGUGUGGAACCCCCAAAAUCCAUCGGUGGGGGACAAAGUGGCCCGGGCUAUCGUGUACUUUGUAGCGCUCGUGUACAUGUUCUUGGGGAUGAGCAUCAUCGCGGACCGAUUCAUGUCCUCCAUAGAGGUCAUAACAUCCCAGGAGAAAGAGAUAACCAUCAAGAGGCCCAACGGCGAGACCACCACCGCUACUGUCAGGAUCUGGAACGAGACUGUUUCCAAUUUGACCCUCAUGGCUUUAGGCUCCAGCGCUCCCGAGAUCCUGUUGUCUGUCAUCGAGGUAUGCGGCCACAACUUCUCCGCGGGCGCUCUGGGCCCGAGCACCAUCGUGGGCAGCGCCGCUUUCAACAUGUUCGUCAUCAUCGCGCUGUGCGUCUACGUGGUGCCCGACGGCGAGACGCGCAAAAUCAAACACCUGCGGGUGUUUUUCGUCACGGCCGCCUGGAGCAUCUUCGCCUACAUUUGGCUGUACCUCAUCCUCAGCGUCUUCUCCCCGGGCCAAGUCGAGGUAUGGGAGGCAGUGCUAACCUUCCUCUUCUUCCCCCUCUGCGUGGUCCAGGCCUGGGUGGCCGACCGCCGACUUCUCUUCUACAAGUACACCCGCAGGCGUUACCGCGCCGACAAGCACCGCGGCGUCAUCAUCGAAACGGAAGGGGGGCCGGACGGGGACGUGGGUGGGGGCGGGAUGCCGGGCCAGGGCGGCUUCACCAAAAUGGACAUGCUGGAGCUGGACGGCCAGAUGGCGCUCAACUGCCACGGCGCCUUGGACGGCGGACUGACAGAAGAGGGCUUGGCCAAGGAUGAGGAGGACGAGGCCCGGCGGGACAUGGCCAGAACGCUGAAGGAGCUGAAGCAGCGGCACCCCGAUAAAGACAUGGAGCAGCUCAUUGAGAUGGCCAACUAUCAGGUUCUGAUGCAGCAGCAGAAGAGCCGAGCGUUCUACCGCAUCCAAGCUACCAGGAUGAUGAUCGGAGCCGGAAACAUCCUCAAGAAGCACGCCGCUGACCAGGCUCGCAAGGUGGUGAGCAGCCACGAGACGCAAGCCCAAGAAGACGACCCGCACACAGUCCGACUGGAGUUCCAGCCGGCUUUGUACCAGUGCUUUGAGAACUGCGGCUCCCUAAAGCUGACCGUCGCCAGACACGGAGGAGAUGCCGGAGUCACCGUCAAGGUGGACUACCGCACCGAGGACGGCACGGCCAACGCCGGCUCCGACUACGAGUUUGCCGAGGGGACACUUUUGUUCAAGCCGGGCGAGACCCUCAAAGAGAUCACAGUGGGGGUGAUCGACGACGAUAUCUUCGAGGAGGACGAGUACUUCUACGUGCACCUGAGCAACCCCCGGUUGGUGGGCUACCCCGAGAUCAGCACGUCCCCUCUUGACGCCGGGUCGGCCCCCAAAGCCGUGCUGGGCGAAAAUCACACGGCCACGGUGACCAUUUACGAUGACGACCACGCUGGUAUCUUCACCUUCGAGACCACCAGCCAGCGGGUGAGCGAGAGCGUGGGCCUGAUGGAGGUGAAGGUGCUGCGGACGUCCGGGGCUCGGGGGCUGGUGGCCGUCCCCUACCGGACGCUGGACGGCACCGCCAGGGGGGGCGAGGACUACGAGCCGGCGUCGGGCAAGCUGGAGUUCCAAAACGACGAGACCAUGAAGAUCAUCGAGGUGAGGAUUAUCGACGACGAGGAGUACGAGAAGAACAAGACCUUCACCAUCGAGCUGGGCGAGCCGCUUCUCUUGGAGAUUGGACAGAAGCACGGAGAUUCCAACGAAAACAAGCCGGCGGUGGGGGCGGAAGAGGAGGAGGUGGCCAAGAUGGGGUGCCCCAGCCUGGGGGAGCACACGCAAGUCGAGGUCGUCAUCGAGGAGUCGUACGAAUUUAAGAGAGCAGUGGAUGUGCUUUUGGAGCAGCGUAGCAAGAGUACAGUGGACAAGAUGAUCAAGAAGACCAAUCUUGCCUUGGUGGUGGGAAGCAGCAGCUGGAGGGAGCAGUUUGUCAAUGCGGUGACUGUCAGCGCAGGGGACGACGACGACGACGAGAGCGGCGAGGAGCGCCUGCCGUCGUGCUUCGACUACAUCAUGCACUUCCUGACCGUCUUCUGGAAGGUUCUGUUCGCCUUCGUCCCGCCCACCGAGUACUGGAACGGAUGGGCCUGCUUCAUCGUUUCCAUCUCGCUGAUCGGCGUGCUGACGGCCAUCACCGGCGACCUGGCGUCGCACUUCGGCUGCACGGUGGGGCUGAAGGACUCGGUGACGGCGGUGGUCUUCGUAGCGCUGGGGACGUCCGUGCCAGACACGUUCGCCAGCAAGGUGGCAGCCAUCCAGGACCAGUACGCCGACGCGUCCAUCGGCAACGUGACGGGCUCCAACGCAGUCAACGUCUUCCUGGGCAUCGGCGUGGCGUGGACCAUCGCCGCCGUGGCCUGGCGCGCCCGGGGCCAGACCUUCCGAGUGGACCCGGGCAACCUGGCCUUCUCCGUCACCCUCUUCACCAUUCUGGCGUCCAUGUGCGUGGCCACGCUGCUCUACCGGCGGCGCGGCGCCACCGCCGGGGGCGAGCUGGGCGGGCCGAGGACUUGCAAGUUGCUGACCUCGCUCUUCUUCGUGUCUCUGUGGCUCGUCUACAUCCUCUUGGCGUCCCUGGAGGCCUACUGCCACCUGCCAGCCUUGUAGACGGUCUUACGGACGAGCGCGCAGGUACCGUCUCCCGGCGCCGGUCUGCUUCGUCACAGUGCCAAGACGGGAGAAGGAGAAGUUACGCGCUCCGGACUGAAGAAAAGGUUCACGAGGACACGGAAAAUUGGGGUGGGAAUCACUCACUCGUUCACCCAGUCACUAAAAUAGAGAUUUGUGUCUCGAUGGUUCCCGCACCAAAACUCCCUUGUCACAACAAAGGGCUUCAGCGGACAUUUUUAGGAACUAACUCAAGCUGCUCUAUUCAAAAUACCUUUGGCGUGAUUCGGGAGCAGGGAAUGAGUGAGUGAUUCCCAACGCGCCGAUCGUUCACUCAUUCCCUAAUCCCUCCAAAAGUGUUUUAUCAUACGGCGGCGCGCUUAAAAAUCCUUUCAAUUUGUCGACUGGAAUCCUUGACUGAUCCCGGCGAAAGUACGUAUGUUCGGCGGCAGCUGUAAUGACACGUAAAACGGCCAGCAGGUGGCGGCGUUGUGCCACUUUGGAUUUACGACGAGCCGGUCACGCGGACAGAAUUUAUUUCGACGGCCUCAACUCAGUGAGUCGCAGUAGUAAGUAGAAACCCUGUUGCCAUAUUGCGGAACGAGUGAACGACCGCCGCCGCGCACGAAAAGCCACGGACGUGCAAACUCCGGCCACGCGGCGAGUCAGCGCCGGCCUCGUGACGUCUCUUAAGUGUAUAUCUGUAAAUGAAUUAUGGCUUUGCCACCAAACGCCCUUUCUCAGUCUUGUUUUUGUUUUUUUUCAUCGCUUCAGGUGUCACUGCUGAUUGCUUAAGAAUGGGGGGGAAAAAAUUUGAACCGGUGAAAGUAUUUCUUUCGCUUAAAUCGUCACGAAGGAGUUCAUGAUGUCGUGUCGAUUAUGGAUCAACGUCAGCUGGUUGACCUAACGUGAUAAAAGAUGAGACAAAUACAUGAACUAUAAUAACAUUGUUUUUUUUUCAUUUUGUUUUUUUUUUUUUAAUUUUUAAGCUGUUUUACAAAAUGAAUCCGAACUUUGCACUUUAUGUCCGUCCGUCUUGGACACUGGUCACCCUCUAAUUGGAGGUAGAAGAAACCACCGCACCUGAGGAAAAUCAACCCGAGUUGCCCUUCAGUGCAAUGAACGAAGAUUAGCAACAGAAAUAGCAUCUCUUAGGGAGAUUUUUUUUCCCCGCAGAUCAUUUAAAAAUCAUACAAAUAAUAAUAAUAAUAAUCUCCUCUAGCUAGGAACUAUUUUAUCUUCCUGCGUAACUUCAUCGAUGCGCCCUCUUCACAUGAGUCUGGUUCACUAUUAUUCACAAAGUGCUUCUGUUCCAAACAAGCGUUAAAUCAUCUUUUUUUGUGUGUGUUUGUUUCUUGUGUUUUUAUUGUAGCAGUUUGACCUGCAAAGAAGCCAUCAGAAAACAGAACAGUGAUGAAAAAAAAAAAAAAUGAAUUUUGUAUGUGCGCGCACGCAUUUCUUUCACGAGUGUGUCGAUGCAUGAAUUGAACACAUUCAGGACAGACUGUUGAUGUUUCCAAAGUAGUAAAUAGUAUUUUUUUUUUUAAAUCUCCAAAUGAACAUUUUACAAACGUCAUAAAUGUUUACGAUGACCUACUUUUUUUUUUUUUUUUUUUUUAGGAGGGUGGGGUCAGAGAUGAAAUAAAACUUGCGUGGUAUAUCAUCACUAAAGUGUGUGUCAAUAAUAGCAAAAUGUAUGGUGCCAUGAAAGAAAACAAGCGAAAGUGUUGAAGACACAGGGCCGAUUUCUUCUUUUGCAUACACUAUAUUUGUACAUAAUAUUUUUGUGUGUUGGUCUCGGCGUUGGAAAAAAAAAUGUGAUGUGGUUGAGGCAAAGACAUUAUGCACCUUUUCCCAAAUUAAAAUUGUCCAUGGUGUCUUGAUGAGAUGUCUGUGGCAUGAUUUUAUGAAAAUAGCUCGAGGUUCAAGAGUUCGAUUUUUGUCCCGUAUUUCAGAAGCUAACGCGCCCCUGAAAGGACUCACAAAUGCAAGUUUAGAAGUUGUCGCAAAAUAUAUUUGGCUGUAACUCUGAAAUCCGAUGGUCCAUGAAGGCAUCUUUCACAAGGCUGAAUAUGAUUGGUGGAGAAUGCGGAAGCCAGCAUGAUACGUGGGUGAGAUGAAUUGCUGUUCUAAAAAUACGCGUAAUUUUUUUUU